AUGAAGUAUGCUUAUUAUGCAUCAAGUUCUCAUGGAAGAGAGGAUGGUGUGAGAGAACACGGUUGUUGCAAGAAGAGGUGGCACAGAAUCAAUGAAGAUGUUAACAAGUUCUGUGCCUCAUACUCGGCAGCAGAGCGACAAAUGAGAAGUGGUGAGACUGACACUGACAAGUGGCUCAGCCUUACCACACCCACGGCGGGUGGCGUUUCGAAGAGGAAGAAUGUAGAGAUAAAUUCCCAAACUUCUACCAACGAAGGCUUCGUUGAUAUUGAGAGCAGGCCCGAAUGUGUCAAGGCUGCUAAGGCUAAAAGAAAUACGGGUAAAGGGAAGUCCGUGGCUGAGAUUGCGACCGUUUGGGAAAUGAAGAAGGACGAUUUAGUGAGGAAGGAGAGACUGUCGAGGCUAGCAAUACUAGACACGCUCCUUGGCAAGACUCAACCAUUCAGUGAGGCGGAAGAUGUUGUGAAGAAUAAGCUCCUAGCCGAGUUAUUCUGA